CGUAGCAUUUGCCCUCAAAAGCAUCUAUCUAGUGAAUUUUUUAUACAUUACUCUUAUCAUAUUUCCUUCUCCAAAAUCAGAAUAAACGCCAAGGUUUCCUUCAAUCUAGAUCUUGUUGCUGCAGAUGGCCGAGGCUUUGCUAGGAAUUGUGACUGAAAACUUGAGAUCUUUUGUCCAAGAUGAACUUGCAACCAUUUUGGGUGUUGACCAACAGAUUCAGAAGCUUUCCAGCUAUCUCACUGCAAUCCGCGCUGUCCUCGAAGAUGCUGAGAAAAAGCAAAUCACAAGCAAUGCUGUGAAGGAUUGGCUUCAGAAACUCACAGAUGCAGCAUAUGUGUUGGACGAUAUCUUGGAUGAAUGUUCAAUACACUCAAAAAGUUCAUGCUUAUCUCGUGUCCACCCUAAGGACAUUCUCUUUCGUCGUGAUGUUGGCAAGAGGAUGAAAGACAUCACCCAAAGAUUUCAUGACAUUCAUGAAGAAAGGAGCAUGUUUCAAUUCAGUACUGGUGUCACUGACAAGCAUGCAGAGGAUGAUGAUGAAUGGCGCCAAACUAGCUCUGUCAUUACUGAACCCAUUAUCUAUGGUAGAGACCAAGACAGAGAGCAAAUUGUGGAGUUUCUUUUGCGGCAUGCAAGCAACAGCCAAGACCUCUCCAUCUAUCCCAUAGUUGGUAUGGGUGGACUUGGGAAAACCACACUUGCCAAACAGGUCUUCAAUGAUGACCGGGUAAGCAAACAUUUUGACUUGACAAUCUGGGUUUGUGUUUCUAAUGAUUUCAAUACAAAGAUAAUACUGCAAUCCAUCAUAGAAUGUAUCACUGGACAACAUCCCAAUCUCAAUACUUUAGAAGCAAUGCAAAAAAAGUUUCAAGAAGUGUUGCAGAGCAAGAGGGUUGGAAGUGAAUGA